AUGGCAUCAGACACCGCCGACGUUUCAGAGAAGCUUGUCUUUGAUACCAAAGGCAAUGUCCUUCUUAUCUUUACACGGAAUUCUGAGGAUAAAGAAGAAGGCAAAAACUCACUAAAUGAGUCAACUUCGUUGAAGAGGAAAACUCCCGAUGAUACCCCCAACAGCAUCGCUAUGCUUGUUUCCUCGAAACAUUUAAUACUUGCAUCGCCUGUCUUCGACGCAAUGAUUGGCGAUGCUAGAUUUAAAGAAGGGGCAGCGUUACUCGCGUGUGGAAAGGUUGAAGUUAAGCUGCCUGAUGACGAUCCUGAUGCAUUCGCAAUCGUAGCCAAUGUUAUCCACCAUCGCAACAAAAUGGUUCCCGAAAAAAUCAGCUUUCAAUUGUUCGUAAAAGUAGCAAUCAUUACAGAGAAAUAUCAAAUAUCUGGUGCGAUGCGGUGGGUUUCAAAAGAAUGGUUCGAUAAUUUGCCUUGCUCCAUUCACAAUAAACUCGGUAAUCUAUAUGCGCUCAUCUUCACGUCAUUGGUCUUUGGCAACGCCUGCGUGUUCGAGAGGCACACGCGGAGGGCAAUCUUGCACUCUAAAGGUAAUUUUGGUGCUAAUAUAAAGGAUGACUUCUACUUUCGUCCCUCAAUCGUUGAUGCAAUCAAGGCAGCCCGUACGCAAGCUUUGUCUGAUAUAUUUGAUGCGCUCAACAGUUUCAUCAAGCGAGGAACUGAGCCUCUGGCAUGUUGCGACGACCGACACGAUAUAUGCGGUAUCAUGACUACUGGCUCUUUUCUAAGAAGUAUUCAUAUUGAUAUAGGUUGGCCACUUCCUCCUGCGCCAUAUACCGGAACCAAUCUCUUCAACCUUCACAAAUGCGUCUCCAAACUCAGUAUUCGAACUUUGUGUGCAGAAAGAACGAAACUCGGUGAACAUGGAGGAACUUUAGUGCCUGGUCUAGGGUGCAAAAAUCAGCAGAUGUUCACAAAGAUGAUCGAGGUGCAGAUCAAGGAGCUCGAAAGAAAAAUUGUUGGUUUGGAUAUCGAAAAGUUCCAACGGAAAGUCCCAGCGAAAGGGGAUUUGACAUUUUGUGACUAG